AUGGCCAUCGACGAAACGCAGGCAGCACGGAAGAGCUACGAGGAACCACCGUCGAGGAUGAUGAUGGAAGACGAACACAAGCCAGGAUCAAUCACCAUCCUAUCCCAGUCUCAGACACCCGAAUCGCAACACUCCUCAAGCGCAUCCAUCACUCCGGUCACCCCUGCCGAUCCGCCCACUGGCUUGCCCCCACCGGCCAUCAAGGGAACUACCACGGCGCCCAAGCCGCGGAGGUCCAAAGGGAAAGAGAAGAGGGCCGUGCCCGAUGAUGUCCAGCUGAUCACUGAACUCCCUCAAGCCAACGCUGAAGCCUUGAAAACUUUCACACAAAUCCAUCAGAACUGGUACCAGAAUAAAUCCCUAGGGACCACCAAACAACUCGAGGAUGCGAUGAUCUGUGAUUGCUCAUGGUCGGCUGGCGACGAUCCGAGUUGGGCAUGUAGCGAGCACAGUGGAUGUAUCAACUAUCUGACCCAGAUAGAGUGUCUUCAAGAGCAAUGUCGAUGUCGUGACAAAUGCCAAAACCAACGCUUUCAAAAACGUCUCUAUGCCCCCAUCGAAAUCGUCCAAACUGCAAAGAAAGGGUUCGGAAUGCGCCUUCAACUCGAUGUUCCUAAAGACACGUUUGUGUAUGAGUAUCUAGGCGAAGUGAUUGGCGUGAAGGCGCUGCAUAAACGCCUGAAAGACUAUGCAGAGGAAGGGAUCAAGCAUUUCUACUUCAUGGAACUGCAAAAAGACCAAUAUAUCGAUGCGACUAAGAAGGGUGGCUUCGGCAGGUUCCUCAAUCAUUCCUGUAACCCAAACUGCUACAUCGGUAAAUGGGUCGUAGGCCGCCAGUUGCGCAUGGGCAUCUUCACCAAAAGGGACGUCAAGGGCGGCGAAGAACUCACGUUUAACUACAAUGUCGAUCGCUAUGGUCAUGAAGCCCAGGAAUGCUUCUGUGGUGAAUCGAACUGCGUUGGCGUUCUCGGCGGCAAAACGCAGACUGACCUUGGCGCCAUGGAUGAGCUAUACAUCGAUGCCUUAGGGAUUGUGGACGAUGUAGAAAACUUGAAUCUUAAAGGUAGUAAGACUAAGAAGUCUAAGCGCAUGGACAUCGAUUACAUGCCUGUGAUGAAACCGAUUCCGCUCACCGACGUUCCCAAAGUGGCAUCAGCCAUCCGACAAUCGACUUCUAAUAAGAAGAUAUUAUCGAAGUUGUUGCGGAGGAUAAUGAUUACUACGGACCAGUCCGUUCAAAAACAGCUGAUGAGGUUACACGGGUUCAGUUUGAUGAGUAUGAUCUUGAACGAGUAUCUCUCAGACCAAGAGAUUGUUCAAACGAUUCUUGAGAUUUUAUUGAAGUGGCCGUUAAUCACUAAGAAUAAAAUUGUAUCCACCAAUAUCGAGGAGACGGUUAUGAAGCUCUCUGAUAGCCCUUCGGAAGUCAUCCAAACUUUGGCUGCUGAGGUGAUCAAGAUGUGGGUCGCUUUGGAGGUUUCUUAUCGGAUUCCGAGAGAUAAAAAAAAUUUGGAUAUUGCUGACGGUAGCAAGCGUAAAGCGGAGGCACUUUUGGACCAAAUAUUUUCCAAACGAUUACGAGACAGUAGCGCACGGAAAGAAAUCAGUGGAUUGAAGCUGGUUUCGGAGAAAGCAUUCAUCAGGCCCGAAGCAGCGAAGCGGGUAGACCCGCAGACGAUCAAGCCAGAGAAUCUGGCUCUUCCGCCGGAUUGGGCGUUCGAACGGACAGCGGAAGGCACACCAUAUUACUAUCACGUUAUCCUCCGGCAAACCCAAUGGACCGUCCCCACGGCGACGGAUGUGUCUCGCAUGGAACGUCAGCUGGCUGAGCAAGUUGCCCGUCAGAAAGCCGCCGCUGCGAAUGUUGAAGACAUCGUUGCGAAAGCCAAAGCUGAGGCCGAGGAAAUCCGGAAGGCUAACGAGGCCCAGCGGUUGCUCGAGGAGGCUGAGCACAAAAGACUCCAGUCCCUCCACUCCGAUCGCAAAGACAGACAUCGCUCAAAUCGCCCCUCUUCCUCCUCUCAUCACCACCACCAUCAUCGUAAAAAAACUUCCAAGGAUCUUCCUUCUGGUUCGGCAGGAAAACCUUCGUCAAGUGAGAAGAAAGCCGAGAUCAUUGAUCCUAGUAUGCGUAAUGCUAUCAAGGAUAAAAAAAUGCUUAGGCUAUUCAGCAACGUCGUCGUUCAUACCAUGUCGCGAUAUAAGGAUUCUUUGGACCAUGAACAGUUCAAACGACGUGCUAAAGAAUUGACGAACAUUUUGUGCGAAAAGGAGCGGAAGUCAAGUCACUAUGAGAGCGAGACAUACGAGGAGAUGAGUUCAGGCAAGGAGGUGAAAAUCAGAGCAUUUACGAAAGACUGGAUGGGCAAACUUUUAACACGAAAAGGCAUAACGAUACCGGCUCCUAGUAGUACUUUUCCGACUACAACUACGACACCAUCAUCAUCAGGGAACAAGCUAAUAGAGCAUCAGCAACCGGGGCCGUCUGGGCCGACUUCUCCGUUACCUAAUAUUUCUCCUUUCUUUGCGUAA